AUGCAAGCAGCAGAUUAUCGUCUUGUACGUUCUCAAAUAACUACUGGAAUUAUGAGAGGUAUUAAACAAUCCGUACGUCCACAAGUAGUUGAUAUUUAUUUUUCAUAUUGGUUAUAUGGUGAACGAAAAUCAAUUGAGCAAAUUCCUGUUAAUUUAUCUCAAUCAAUAUCUUGUCAUAUAUGUUCGCAAGAAAAUAAUGAUUUUUCUUUAUUAAAUAUAGAUUUAAAUUUAUUUCUUCGAUGUUUACCAUUGUUUAAUAAUGAACAAUUAUCAAUAAUCUAUUCAUUACUUGAUGAUGAUCAACAAAUUUAUAGAAAUGCCAUACGACAACAGUAUGAAAAUUAUAAACAAAUAUUGAUACAAAAUUUAAAAGCAAAGUUGGAUUUUUAA